AUGGAUAAGCAAGCUAGUAUACAUGAUCAAAAUAUUGUUGAAGAGUUAGAAACUGUUAAUUUGAACGAGAAUGAACCAUCUGUAUUAAUUGAUUCUAAUAUAAAUAGUGUAAAUUCAGGUAUUCCCUCGAAUAAUAUACAGAAGAAACGAAUAAAGGAAAUAAGUUCUGCUUCGGAACCACCAGACUUGGAACAACCAGAUAGGGCACCUGAAAUGCAUGAAACUACAGAAGCUAGGGGAGACACAUCAUAUGUAGCUUACAGUAAUAAAAUUGAAAAUAUUGAUGGUUCCAACUUAGAAAUAAACGAUGAUUUGAUGGAAAAACUAAAUAUUUCAAGCAAUAAGUUGAGUAGCAUGGUAAAUCCCAAUACAGAGUAUUCAAAAUCUCAUUCUCUCGAUGGUGGACUUAUUACGGAUUCAGAAACUGUACGAGAAAACGAAUCCAAACAGGUACCAAAUAAAUCUGUAUUUAUAACUAACACAAAUAAAAUCUCAGAAGGCCAAGGAAGAAGUUACAUCUCUUACUCUAUAAAAUAUGGAAAUGAUGUUGUUCAAAGACGUUAUAGUGAUUUUGAAAACUUUAGAUCAAUAUUAGUUAGACUAUUUCCAAUAAACAUAAUACCUUCAAUACCAGAAAAACAAACAUUAAAAAGCUAUGGUAAAUCUAUUACCAAUAAAAAUACUUCAUAUUUGUUACCAUUAGAGGGAACAAGUUCUAUAGAUAUGGCUUUAUCUAACAUUAAUGGAACAGUACGAGCCUCAGAAGAGACUUUCAUACGACAUAGAAUAAGGAUUUUAACCAGAUUUUUGAAUAAAUUGCUCGAUGACGAUGAAAUUAUGAGUACUACGAUUGUUACUGAUUUCCUUGAUCCUAAUGUUUCAAACUGGAGCGAUUUUGUGAAUAGUUCUGCAACAUUUUCUUCUUUACGUAAGAGUGAACUUCAAUGUAAUCCACUUGAUCCCACAAACACGACAAGAAUGCAUGCAUGUUUACCCAUACCAUCUUCUUCAAGUUUGUCUCCGAUUACAAAAGAGAGAAAAACAGAAGCUGCAGAUGGUGAAGUAGAAAAGAGAGACAGUUUUGAGAUACUAGAUAACGAUCAUAAGCAAUACGAAACAUUAAUGAAAAAUGGAAUUUACAGGCAUAAUAAACGCAUUACGAAAGCAUGGGUUGGAGUACAAGAGGAUAUGAAUGAUUUAAGUGAGAUAUUUGCCUAUUUGUCAAAUAAUCAGAUGGGGAAAGAAGCCACAUUAGCAGAACAAACUACAUAUGUAAGUAAUGCAUAUGAUGAGUCAGCUACAGAAUUGGAAAAAUUGGUGGGCUUAUUAUAUUAUGAUAUAGAUGAAUCGUUCAGUGAAUUGGUAUACGAUGCAGAAUCUAUGAAAGAGCUAUUAAACUAUAGGAGGAUGAAAAAACUUCAAUUAAAUCUAAUAGAAUCGACAUUAGGUUCAAAAAUAAAACAUCUAGAAAAGAUAGAACACAAAGAAAAUGAAACUCAGAAGAAUACUGAAACCUUCACGAAUGAGAUUAGUGAUCCACUAAAACCUCAACGUCAACUAACAUAUGGUGGAUUAUUGAAAAAUAAAUUUAAUAAACUUACUACCAUGGUAAAAGAGUCCCUAAAUUAUCAAGAACUUGAUCCAGAAAGUCUAAAAGAAGAAUUGGGAAAAGAUAUUAAAUAUUUAAAAGAAUCACAAGUUGUUGCCUCGUCCGAUUUAGAAGAGAUUUCUAAGAUCAUAGUUGGAAGACGAGUAAGCAAGUAUGUUGCAGAGAGAGAAGAAGCAUUAACCAAAUCGUUGGAAAAUUAUUCGAAAUAUAUGAUGGAAUAUUCAAAAAAGAAUAUGGAAAUUUGGAAACUUAUACGAGAUAGUCAGAAUACUUAA